AUUGAUUCAUUGAUUGGGUUGAUUCACACCGACACAUACCAUCCGUAUGGCUGACAGCCGCCCGCCGGUAUAGAGUCCAGUCACGCCGACACGCAAACAAAGCAGUGCAUGGUCGCACGCACGCCCUCUGCUGCGUACUCACGUGUGUGUGUGUGUGUGUGUGUGUGUGUGCAGGGGGGUGUGCUGCGUCCACCGAAUGUGCAGGUACGUCAGCUUGUUUGUCAUUGUGGGCGUGGAGGUGACUUGUGUGUGUCUGUGGUCUGUGUAGGUGGCUGGGGAUGAGAGCGAGGAGUUGCUGCCGCUGCACACGCCCACGUACGUGUUACUUACGUGUGUUACUUACGUGUGUCUGUGGGCACCCGCCCAUCCAUCCAUCCAUCCAUCCAUCCAUCCACUGCUGUGUGUGCCUUCACAGGUGUCUAUACGACGACCAAGACACCAGUGGGCCAUGGGGAGAUGACCCACAUGAUGACAACGGUGAGUCGGUCGGUACACGCACACACACAGUGAGAGAGGAGAGGGACGACACACACGAGGGAGGGAGGCAGGCAGGCAGGAAUGUCUGGGUACCUUCUCUCUCUCUGUGUGUGUGUGUAGAGUGGUAUGAGGACGAGUCGACAGCCGAGCAUCACCUCGAGCUGAUACGGCUCAUACCACAGGCACGCGAAAGAUGCGACGACGAAUUGGACACAAUGAACGACAAACAUGAAGGGUACUCGUCUCGUUCAUUGUGUGUGCAGCUGGCGGCCUACACCCAGACCCAUCCGCAGUAUGCCAAUCGCGCAGUGGUGCUCUAUGUCAGCGGUGGGAUGGACACGGUCACACCAUCACACGUGGGGGCGUGUGCAUGUGUGUGUGUGUGUGUGUGUGCAGGUGAGUCCAUCGACUGUGUGGAGGUGACCGAAGGCGACAUCAGGAAGGUCCGUGUGUGUGCAUCAGUGUGGGGUGUGUGGCACUUAUUGCAAGCAUUCUGUCUCCGGGUCUGUGUGUGUGUGUGUGUGUGUGUGUAGGUGUCGUUGCACUACGGACCGAUCUGUGCUGUCGAGAGAAUCGCACCCCACUGCUACGUAAGUGCACAUCUGUGUGUGGUUUGCACACAUUUGUCUGUGUCUGUGUGUCUGUGUGUGUCUCUCUCUGUGUGUGUGGUCGUGUAGGUGAUUGUGUAUGAGACGGAGAGUGCGGCGAGCUGUGCCAACGAUGGGUUCAACGAACGGAUAGAGGUCGGUACACACACACUCGCGCACAGCACACCGACACCGAUACACACUCUCUUCCUGUCUCUCUGGCCACUAUGGCAGCACUCUCUGCCAGCGAUUGACAUGCACUGCCAUCUGCUGAGCAAACUGACCUCACCACCACCACCGCCACCACCGCCACACACGGAGGUACGCACCCACCACGAUGUGCAGACGCACUGUAGUGCGCAGAUGGUAUGUGUGUGCUCGUCAGGACACCGCCCAUUCGCAGCAGCAGCAGGAGCAGCAACAGGUAUGCCAGAAAGAGAGAGGGAGGGAGAGAGAGAGAGAGAGAGGGUGGGAGAGAGAGAUAUAUAUCGUCGGGGUGGCAUUGUGUGUGUGCAGGUGCCUUUGCUGCCCACGCCCAAUGUCCCUGCCUACCCAUUGACAAGUGAGCACGCACACACGCGCGCGGGGCCCGACUGGGCAUAUUGUAUGCCUUUCUGCAUCCACAGGCUCUCAUCCAAUAUAUGGCGCUCAGCAGCAGCAGCAGCAGCAUUUCGGUGGCCCCGGGCCGACAUCUCCCACAAGUGAGCUGAGUGAACGAGUGCACACGUCAGUGGAUGUCAUUCGUGUGUGUGUGUGUGUGUGUGCGUAGAUCUCGGUUCGCCCUCGUCAUAUGCCCAUCAUCCUGGCAGCAGAGUGUCAGGCCCCCCGCACCCUCAACCACACCCACACGGACAUCCACACGCGCCACAUCUGCACAGAAGGGGGGGCAAGGAGUGGAUCCCUGUACCACGGUACAUACACACACACACACACUCUCUCUCUCUCCCUCUCUCUCUGAGAUUAUCCCUGUGUGUGUGUGUGGUGCAGGUCUGUUGCUCGCGAGGCCGACGGGUAUCCUGUGCUCAAUCUCGCCAAAGAGCAUGAGGCAACCAAGCACAAAACAGAGAGACCUCAGGGGGAAAGAGAUGCAGGCAGGACGAUGUGUCUGUAUGGUGGUGCUAUGCUAUGUGUGUGUGUCUCUCAGUUUCCAUCGCCCGCCCUGCGCAAAUACACGGCGCGAUUUGAGGCAUGCAUGCACCAAUGCAGCCAUGCAGCACGCACAGAAGGGCACGCAUCACAGCGCUUGUGAGUGAGUGGAUGUUGUGUGUGCAGGUGGGCAUAGAGAAUGAGAGAGAGUUCACCGUGGCCCGCCGAAUCAUCGGCAACAAGGUAACUGACGCACACACACACACACACAGGGAGAGAGAGAUGCGAGUGUGCACGCAAUAAACCACACACACACACAUCUCUCUCUCUCUCCCUCCCCCUCCUUGGCAUUUAUAGGGUUCGCACAUGCGCGCUGUGUGGGAGAUGACCAAGGCCAAGCUGAGGCUGAGAGGGCGGGGCAGCGGCUACUAUGAGGGCAGCCAACAGACAGGUGGGUGAGGAAACGCGCUCAAACGAACGAACCGAACAUUCGGAUGGAUGCUGAUCUCUCCCUCUCCCUCUCUCUCUCUCCUUCUCUCUCUCUAUCUCUGCGUGUGUCUGCAGAGUGCCCCGAGCCGCUGCAUCUGUGCAUCAGCUGCAGAACCUAUGAUGGUACGUCCGCUUGUGUGGUGCCAUCCAUCCAUCCAUCCAUCCAUGUGUUUCUGUGUGUCCACCAGGCUAUGUGUUGGCCAUGCGGAUGGUGGCGGACCUGCUGCUCCGCAUCCACGACGACUACAGAGAGUGGUGCGCCAUACAGGUAGGUACCCUGUCCGCGCGCCCAAUCGUGCGAUCGAUCUCCAUGGCUUCUAUCUCCUUUUGGUGGCGCACAGGGCCGCCCGGUGCCCAAUCUGCAACUGAGAUACCGAGAGCACCCACGUGAGUCGAGUCAGGAGGGUCUUGCCGACACAUCGACCUCAUUGGAUGGAUGGAUGGAUGGAUUGUGUGCAGUGGACCGCCGUUCGAGCAAUAUCAACGCCAGCAAGAAGGCGGACAACAACAGAGAGCGGCAGCCGCACGCACCCGCACCGAGCGUCAGUGUGAGCGUGACGUCGCCUUCGGGGGCAUCGGCGUCGCCAUGGUGCAACCCUGACCACUUUGGUACACACCCUGCCACACACCCACACCCACACCCACACACACAGACACACAGAGAGAGACAUUUUCCUCUCUCCGUGUGUGUGUGUUGGACUUGUGUGUGCAGGUGGGUUGAUGUCUUCGUAUCUGCAGAGGGGCGAGAGCACAGAGGGGGGCGAGGCCACACGGCCAUACACACACCACAACGGUGAGCAGUGGCGGAUGAGUGCCCGCAUGCGGGGGUGUGUGUGAGUGUGUGCGUGUGUGUGGAGUGCAGAGAUCGGCUUCCCCCUGCACAUGCACAGCACCGAUGACCGCACACCAUACAAUCGUCGAUAGACAGACACGGAGGGAGGGAGGGAGGGAGGGGGGGGGGCACAAGAGGUUGAUUCGAAUUUCUUUGCCAAUUAGCGAGUCCAUCUAGCCAGGCCAGCCAUGGAUGGACCUCUGUAUGUAUGCGUCUGUCUGUCGAUCUGUCUGUCUGAGUGAGUGAGUGGUCGGUUCGUCUGUAGAAUUACGUCUGUGAGGGUGAGUGUAUGCCGAGCAUGUGUGUGUGUGUGUGUAUGUGUGUAUGUAUGUAUGUGUGUAUUUGUCUCUGUGCGUACGUACGUGUACAAAAGGAGGAUGGGAUGAUGGGGAAGGGGUGAUGGAGAGAGAGAGAGAGAGAGAGACCGCCGGACCGGUGUACACUAUGUAUGAAUGCCUAGAGAUCGAUGGAUGGAUGGAUGGAUCAAUGGAAUGGAUGGGCCUGAUUAUUAUGUGUUAGUUACGUGAGGUGAGGUGCCGUACACAGGUGUCAUGUGUGUGAGUCUGUGCGUUCACGGCAACCGACGUACUCAAAAAGUCAAUCAC